GCAAUAACGACGGUCGUCAAUUACAACCUGCGUUUUUUGAAUCCUAAAAAAUGAUGUUCGGGACUAGUGUACCAGUCUUUGUCGUCACACUGAUGUCGCUUAUCAACCAUUCGUACCUUAUUGCCACUGUUGAACUGCCAAGUAUUGAAGAUAAAACAUUUGUAGAUUAUAACAACAACAUAAAAACUGCGACUGAAACAGCAAUGGAUAAACAGUUGACCGAUGAAGAGUUCAAAAUGAUAUUACAUGGUAGAUUGUUGUGCGAAGACCAGUUCAAUAAAACAUUAAAAAAUUAUAAUCAAUAUACGGAUACAAUUCGUACAAAUUAUUUAUACAUACAAAUUGAUAUAGAAUUAUCUAAUUUUACCGAUGAAGCACGUAUUUUAAAGAGACUUGGUUCAAAUGGAAAUAGUCAUAAUCAAACUAAAGCAACGGCCAAUUCUCUUCGUUCGGUGUGGUUUUUCCUUUUGAAGAAGCUUGAUCCAAUGUUUGGUGAAUCAUAUAUAUCAUAUGUAAUAAGAAUGAUAAAUCUCAAAAAAAUGCCACUGCCUAUAGAUUUAAUACCUGUUUUUUAUGGAAAUGGAAAAUUGCAAUUAUUUGAAGAGUUUGAUAUUUGGCCUGAGUUGAAUGCAGUAUUCGUUAUGUACUUCCUGUUUAAUUGUCCUUUUCAACCGUCAAAACCAUCCCCUAGUCAGGAUAAACCUAUUAAAGCAACGGAACCAAUAAUCAAACAUUCAGAUGAGCCCAGCGAGUAAAUAAUAAACCCAACCAAAGUUUUUUGUAUUUAAUGUAUAAGCAUCAUAAUAAGUAAAUUUUAUUUUAUUGUAAAAAAAAAAUGCGUAACGCCGUUCUGCGUGUAAGAAAUCUUAUGUUUUAUUGAUCGUUAAUGUAGUUGUUUUGCCUAUUUAAGACGCCGUGAAUAUAAAAUAUUAUGUUGGGUCUUUAACCUAAACAAUGUACGGAUUUAUCUAUUGUGUGAUACGGACUACGGGGUCCACUUUGUUUCAAAU